AUGGGUCUUGAACCUCUCGACUUUCCACAGAUGUGGCAGCGCCCCAGCUACGCCGAGCUGGCCGUCGUGCUGCAGAAUCUUGAACUCAGCCCUCCCAUCUGGAACCACAAGCGUCGCCGCUCAGAGAUUAUCGAGGAGCAAGAGUCACUCGCGAGCCAGCGCAAGAACGAGGUGACCCGCUACCUCUCGUCCAUCAUCAAGAGCCCCCUGGCCUGGAUCGACGACGAGGAGGAGAAGGAGGAUCUCUGGACUCAGGCCAGCAAGCGCAUGUCGGAACGAUGUGGGCGUACGGCCAUGGGCGAGGUUAUUCGGAGGUGGCCCUUUGAGACGGCGGCUGCGGAUGAGUUUGAGCUCAUCAUCCGGGAGCCUGCUCUCACUGGUGACUCUCUGGGUCUCAAGACGUGGGGUUCUUCUUACGUCCUGUCGCAGCAUCUUCCCCGGCUGGCCGAGACGUCACUGUUCCGACUGUUUGACGAGACGCUGGGACAGUCGCCCCCCGAUGUUCUUGAGCUCGGUUCUGGAACUGGCCUCCUAGGACUUGCGGCGGCGGCUCUGUGGAAGGUUCCUGUUGCCCUUAGCGAUCUACCCAACAUCGUGCCUAAUCUUAAGGACAAUGUGGACAAGAAUAGUAGCCUGGUUGAGUCUCGUGGUGGAUCACUCACCGUCGGGCCCUUGACCUGGGGUGGAAGCGAGGAUGAGAUUGACCAGACACUGUUUGGAGAGCCUUACCAAUUCAAGAUUGUUCUCGCGGCUGACCCCAUGUACGACGACGACCACCCAGCUCUCUUGGCGUCGGCCAUCUGCCAGAACCUGGCGCUGGGCUCAGAAUCGCGGGCGGUGGUCAUGGUACCGCGACGAGACGCGACGACGGAGAGGUUGCUCGAGUCGUUCCGACAGGCCAUGCUGGACCUGGAAACACCGCUGUUCUGUGAGGAGGAGGAUGAGCUGGCGGGCCAGGACGACUGGAUCGGGGACGAGGAGGAGGGGAGGGUGCGGUGCUGGCUAGGCGUGUUUAGUCGUGGGGGAUCUCCUCUGACAGUGAUUAGCGAUGAUGCGUCGUAG